AUGGCGAAGAAGAACGGAUUUGCCGUUGGUCUGCUGCUUUUGCUGCUUUGCGUGAUCCACCACGUCCACUUGUCGCAAGCAGUCGAAGCAUGCGGAACUGGCGGCGCGUGCACUUGCUCGGGAAGUUACCUCAAUUGCAAUGGCAGAUCUCUCACAGACUUUCCAACCGGAAUCCCAGCGUCCACAACCAUCCUAAUUAUGAACGAGAACCCGAUCACCAGCAUUUCUGCCUCCGCAUUGGCGGGCCUGACUGCGCUGACAAACCUGGUUUUGCAACAGAACCAGAUCACCAGCAUUGCUGAAGGCGCAUUUGCAGGCUUGCCGGCACUGGUACAAUUAGAUCUGUCCGGCAACCAGCUCACCAGCAUUCCCUCCGCUACAAUCGCCGGCCUGACGACGCUGAAGAUCUUAACUUUGCACAGCAACCGGAUCACCAGCGUGUCUGCAAACGCAUUCGCAAGCUUGACUGCGCUGACCAUGCUACGACUGGAACUGAACCACAUCACCAACAUUCAAGCAAACGCAUUCACAGGCCCGUCUGCGCUGCAGCAGUUACAUAUCUUCAGCAACCAGAUCACCAGUAUUCCCACCUCUGUAUUCACAGGCCUGACUACACUAACGUUUUUAGGUCUGCACAACAACUCGAUCACCAGCAUUCCCCCAAACGCAUUCUCAGGUCUCACUGCGAUGAAUACACUGACUUUGAAUACAAAUCCCUUCACCACUUUGCCUCCUGGUCUGUUCAUGGGCCUGAAAAAUACCUUAACCUUGUCGUUGGCGAACCAAUAUCUUGCCCCCAACAACUUCACCUUUGAUGGGAACACAGUCGCUCCACCAAGCACAUACGGCGCUGUACAAACUCCAUUCAGAUAUGGCAUAUUGAGUGGAUCAUGUGUUCCGCUCGCUUCGCUUGCCUCGGCCGCCAGCGCGUCAUCCGCGUCUAUCGCCUCUGAUCUUUCGGCCACAUCGGCAUCCUUUGCUUCCCUUGCUUCUGCAUCUUCAGCUUCUACUGCAUCUGUUGCAAGCGCGGCUAUUGCUUCUGAUGUUUCCGCGACCUCGGCAUCCUUUGCUUCCAUAGCUUCUGCGUCUUCAGCGUCAAUUGCCUCACAAGUGUCUGCAUCUGUCGCUUCCGAUGUUUCGGCUACCUCAGCAUUCUAUGCUUCCAUUGCGUCUGCGUCUUCAGCUUCCAUUGCAUCUGCUGCAAGCGCGGCAAUCGCUUCUGAGGUUUCCGCUUCCUUGGCUACUGCGGCUUCAGUCUCUGCUGCAUCACAGGCAUCCGCGUCAGUUGCUUCUGCUGUUUCUGCCACCUCGGCAUCCGAUGCUUCCCUCGCUGCUGCCUCUUCAGCUUCGAUUGCCUCUGACGCAAGCGUGGCAUCCGCAUCUGUCGCUUCAGUUGCUUCUGCUGUUUCCGCCACCUCGGCAUCCGAUGCUUCCCUCGCUGCUGCCUCUUCAGCUUCGAUUGCCUCUGACGCAAGCGUGGCAUCCACAUCUGUCGCUUCAGUCGCUUCCGAUGUUUCCACUAUUUCGGCCUCCUUUGCUUCUCUUGCUACUGCGUCUUCAGCUUCCGUCGCCUCACAGGCGUCUGCAUCUAUUGCAAGUGCUUCUUCAGUUUGGCCGACAUCUACUGCGUCUGCUGCAUCCGCCGCGUCCACUGCUCCAAAAAGUUCCAGCGAUACAGAUUCAUGGCCUAUUAUUCUUGGAGUCAUUCUUGGCCUGUUGGCUCUCAUUUUGUUGGCUGCGCUGGCCGUGGCCCUUCGGCGUCGUCGCUCACCCAAACCAUUGACUAACAACAGCACGGAGCCGACCUACCAGCAGCACAGCAGCACUGUGUCGAAUGUUGUGAAUCCAACCUAUGACGCGUUGACUCCUACUGGCAACCACGCCUUGUACGAACACAUUGACUCAAAGCCUCAGGCCCCUGUGGGUUUAUCGGAACAGGUGUAUGCCGAAGCAUCUGCGGUUGCAUCCAGUUCAACAAGCAGCGGUGUCGAGUAUGCUGAUCCUUUGCUGCCUAGUGCCUCUUCUGUUCGUGUGCAGCCCGCGUCCACACCAACCACGUACUCGGCGAUCACUGUUGUGCCAUCCGAUCAGACAUACGAAGCGGUGUCUGCUACUGGCAUCCAUGCCGUGUACGACGAUGUUGACGCAAAGACCCGCCAGGCUCCCGUGGGUUCGUCGGAACUGCUCUAUGCCGAGGCGACUGUGUCUGCAUCCAGUGAAACGAAAGCGUUCUCGUCUGUCGGUGUGGCACCUUCCGAGCCGAUCGGGAAUGCUGACUACACGUCGAUCUCAAACUAGCGAACGAGUGCUGUUCGAAUCCCUGCUCGACUUGUUGCCUGUUAUUGUCAUGCAUCUCCAUUGCUCAAAUAGUUUCACCUUGAUUUCUGCUUCCUUUCAAACCGAAUU